AUGAAUCUUACAGAGUUCAACCAGUCCGAUCACUGUGUCCAAUUAUUUUGUCCAGAGAGAUCUGUAUCUUCUGCACUUUAUUUCUUAUUGUAUGUGUGUGCAGCUGCCAUGGUUUUUCUUACAGUGUGUGGAAAUCUGCUCGUCAUCAUCUCAGUUUUUCACUUCAAGCAGCUUCACACACCAACGAACACACUUGUGCUCUCUCUGGCUCUGUCAGAUUUCCUUGUUGGUGUGUUAGUGAUGCCAUCAAUGUUAAUAUGGAUAAUCGAAUCAUGCUGGAUUUUUGGAACAGAUUUUUGCAUAUUUUUUUCAUUUAUCAGUGGUUUACUCAUGAACCUAUCAAUCUAUAAUAUUUCUAUGAUCUCUGUUGACAGAUAUUUGGCUCUUUCAAACCCAUUUCUCUACACAAACACAAUCUCAAGAAGGACCAUGUGCACUGUGGUUUAUUCUAACUGGUGUGCAUGCCUGACAUAUAUGACAGCGAUCUAUUAUUUUAAUGGAGGCUUAAUGACUUCUGUGCUCUGUCCCGGAGAGUGUUUUUACUUUCUAAAUGAGGUUUGUUCUAUAAUAGAUCUUGUUGUUUCAUUUAUUUUUCCACUUUCUGUCAUAAUCAUAUUGUAUACUCGAGUUUUUAUAAUUGCUAAGAAACAUGCCACUGCUAUCAGAGAGCUUAAUAAUCACACACGGCCUAAAUCACAGAAGGUCACCUCACACUUGACUAAAUCUGAAAGGAAAGCAGCUAAAGUCCUCGGCAUUUUAGUGUCUGUGUUUUUGAUAUGUUUACUUCCAUAUUUUAUUUAUAGUUUAUUAGGUGAAAUUGUUGACCUGCAGUUGCAAAUAUUUCAGAAAGUUUUGAUCAUGUCAUAUCUUAAUUCCACAAUUAAUCCGGUUAUUUAUGCUUUGUUUUACCCGUGGUUUAGAAAAUGUGUUAGAUUAAUUCUAUCUCUGAAAAUAUUUCAUACAGACUCUGCAUUAAUAAAUAUUCUUUCAUAA